AAGUCUACCCUGAUCUCACUCAUCUCAUUGGUUUGAUUUGCUUUCAUAGACUUCAUGGACAGAAGAAGCUAUCGACAGGAUGAUCGGGGUCGUUAUGAUGGCCGUGACCGUGAGCGUGGCCAUUCUGAUAUGAGAGACCGCCCUAAUGAGCCGGACCGAGAUCGUUAUCGGGAUAGGGAUUAUGAUCGACGACGGGACUACGAUGAUCAGAGGCGGGCUGGCCACUAUUAUGACCGAAGGGACAACCGAGGAGAUCGUCGAGGGGAUGACAGAGGCCCACCUUCGUCGUACGACGAUAGGAGGAGGGAGGAUUCAUAUGGUCGCCCAAAUGACCGAAGAUGGGAAGAGAGGGACCAAAACAGAGACCGAGAGCAGGACGACAGGCAUGAUGAACCGCGAAAAGAUCGGGAUAUGAUGGAUGUUGAUGGCGAGCACAAACCAGUCUCAGACAGACCAGACGGUACCAACGGAGAAAAUGGUGUGACCAGCGCAGAAGAGAGUAAACCGCCACAGAAGAAAGUGCCAAUCUCGCUGGAAGAGCUACUGAAAAAUAGGACGGAAGAGAAGGCCGCUAACGAUAAACCGGUUUUUUUAUCAAAGGCAGAAAGAGCCAAGCUUGCAUUAGAAAAACGUCAAAAGGAGGUGGAAGAGCAGCGAAAAAAACAAGAAGAAGAGCGUCAAGCGCGCAUGGCUUUCUUCUCAGAGUCUCAGAAUGGCGAUGCUCGGAUAAGGGAGGAGCAGCGGAAUUGGCGGGACAAUCGAUAUCACGAUGACUUUGAUAGAGGCGGGCGGAGAAAUCGAGAUCGAGAUUACGACCGAAGAGAUAGAGAUUGGGAUCGUGGGUAUGAUCGAAAUGAUCGAAAUAGGGAUAGAAGGGAAAAGGAUGUUCGUCGUGAGCGUGAAGAGAGCGUCACAAGCAAUGGAAUUGAAGAAGGUCUUGGGGAAAAGGAACUACAGGCCAUCAGAGAUCGGUAUAUGGGAACGGAGCGGAAGCGAAGAAAGAUCCGAAGGAUGAAUGAUAAAAAGUUUGUCUUUGACUGGGACACGGGAGAAGAUACAUCUCAAGACAUCAAUCCCCUAUAUGCGAACCGACAUGAACCUCAAUUUUUUGGUAGAGGGCACAUUGCCGGAAUCGACCUUAAGGAGCAGAAGAAGGCAAGGGCCGCCUUCUACGAUCAUAUGCUGCAUGAACGACGGACCACUGAGGAGGUGGACCGUGCCAUCGCACUUGCGGAAAUUGAUCGUGCAAAGGAGCGCAAAACUGCGUGGGACGACCGUCAUUGGUCGGAGAAACCUCUUACGGAAAUGAAGGAGAGAGAUUGGCGUAUCUUCAAAGAGGAUUUCAAUAUCUCGACGAAAGGAGGGAACAUUCCCAACCCAAUGCGCAGCUGGAGUGAAUCUCCCCUACCACAAAAGCUUCUGGACGUUAUCGCUAAUAUUGGUUACAAGGAACCAACUCCCAUUCAACGGCAAGCUAUUCCCAUCGGACUGCAGAAUCGAGACAUUAUUGGAGUAGCUGAGACAGGUUCAGGAAAGACCGCGUCAUUCGUCAUUCCUAUGCUGGUUUACAUCAACGAGCUCCCACCUCUAACUGAAGAAAACCAGAGCCAGGGCCCUUAUGCCCUCAUUCUUGCACCAACGCGUGAAUUGGCGCAGCAAAUCGAGCAAGAAGCGAGCAAGUUUGCCAAAGGAAUGGGAUUCAUUUGUGUCUCUAUCGUCGGUGGACACACAAUAGAAGAGCAGUCUUUUAACCUCCGUGAUGGUGCCCAUAUUGUCAUUGCAACGCCUGGUCGUCUCAAGGAUUGUUUGGAUCGGCGCAUCUUGGUGCUUGGCCAGUGCGCGUACGUAGUCAUGGAUGAAGCGGAUAGGAUGAUUGACAUGGGUUUCGAGGCGGACGUUAAUUACAUUUUGGAUGCAUUGCCCGUUUCAAAUAUUAAGCCGGACACGGAUGAGGCGGAGAAUCCAGAGGAGUUGCGGAAGGCGCUUGGAAAAGAAACUCGCUUCCGUCAGACUGUCAUGUUUUCAGCUACUAUGCCGGCGGCGGUUGAACGACUCGCCAAACGGUACCUUCGACGGCCUGCGGUAGUCACUAUUGGUACUGCCGGUCAGGUUGUCGACACCAUUGAACAAAGAGUCGAAAAUAUCAAUGACGAAAAUAAAAAGAAGCAACGAUUACUUGAGUUGUUGCAACAAGGCUUUGAGCCGCCAAUUAUCAUCUUUGUCAAUCAAAAGAAAGGGGCCGAUGUUUUGGCAAAAGCACUGGAGAAGCUCGGGUACAAAUCCACUGUGUUGCAUGGUGGAAAGUCCCAAGAACAGCGUGAAACUGCUCUUGCGGCUCUCAAGAACGGAACGAGGGACAUCCUUGUCGCUACCGAUGUUGCCGGUCGUGGUAUUGAUGUUAAGAACGUUUCGCUCGUCGUUAAUUACGACAUGGCCAAGAACAUUGAAGAUUACACACAUCGUAUUGGACGUACGGGUCGUGCUGGCAAGGCUGGAGUGGCCAUCACAUUCCUUAGUGAAAGCGAUGCGGAUGUCUUUUAUGACCUUAAGCAGACGAUUCAAAAGAGUUCAAUAUCAACGGUUCCCUCGUGGUUGGCGAGGCAUGAGGCUGCGCAAGCCAAAGCCGGGCAGUACAAGGCCAAGCGAAAGCAUGAGGAGACGAUUUAUAAUCAACCUUGAGCGAAUCAAGGUGCAUGAUGGUACCGCAAAAAGCACAAGGCAAAAAGAAGUUAUGGGCAGCAUGACUGAGGCACCCUGUUGGAUCAGGCAUGAAAGUACACAAUAUAGAAUAACUGCAAUCUUCAUUCUCAACUGAACAACCAAUACUACAAUGAUCGAAAAAUUGC